CACUGCUCCACUUUCACAAACAGAGCUGCAUGCACCUGCAGAACACACUCGCGGCGCGUGAGUCCUCGGGGUCGCGAGUUCCAUCUCUCCUCUGCAGAGAAUCCAAAUCUGGAGGAGCAUUUACGUGUCAAGUCAGUGAGUCAUAGUCAGUGUGGAGAGCGGUGAUGAAUGACGGUGCUGACUGCAGAACUGGACCUGGGCCCUAACCUGAGGAGACACACUGAUAGUAGAGAGAGAUAGAAACUGAGAGAGGCAGAGAGCGCGCGAGAGAAGGAGGAAAGAGGAAGACCGUGCUUACUUUGUAGUUGCCGAGAGCCGCGUGACAGUUUGCAGAUGCCGACAGAUGUGCCCGAAGAUAGGCUCAACACCGAGGAGAAGGCGGCCAAGUGUGACAGUAUGACUCUGUGCAGCACCCCGACUGUUCGCAGAGGAAGCACUCCUCUGCCUAUAAAGCACCAGCUCAGACGAGAAGAAGCCGUCCACGAUGACUGCGACUGGUCGUCAGGUGCAGCUGGACCUUCUGCCUCGCCAAUCAGCUUCAGCCCAGCCUUGGACGACACUCUGACUGUGGCUUUUGAGGGCAGAUCUGAUGGGCCUUUAAGGAUCGCCCUGCUGGGGCAGAACGGCGUGGGGAAGUCUUCUCUGGCCCUCGCCCUCGCUGGGGACAUGGACAGGACUGCAUCUGUGGAUUCUGAAGGGGAGGGUUACGUGCGCACAGUCACCGUGGAUGACGAGGAGAGCACCAUCAUUAUCUAUGACAACUGGAGACAGGACCUGUCGGCUCUGCAGUGUGAGGUGUGUGUCCUGGUGUUUUCAGUGACUGACAGGCGUAGUUUCCACCGCACCGCUCAGCUCCGGCUUCUCCUGAGGGAGACUCAGCCCCAAACUCCCAUCAUCCUCGUCGGAAAUAAAAGUGACCUCGUUCGCACACGUGAGGUUACCUCUCAAGAGGCCAUGUCCAGCGCCACCCUCUUCAACUGUCUGUAUCUGGAGAUCUCUGCCUCUCUGGACCACCGUACCCCGGAGCUCCUGGAGUGCGUGGUGCGGCUAGCCAGGGGCCAGCCCCCCUGGCCCCCAGGGACCAGCGCGGAGGACAUGACCGGCGGAGGCCAACGUGAGAGCAUGACCUCCCGUGCCAAACGUUUCCUGUCCAGCCUGGUGCCCCGGUACCAACGAGAGCGAGAAGUGGGCAAGUUCCUGAGGCAGAAGUCCCGCUCAUGCCACGACCUGGGGGCGCUGUGAUCGGGCGCCGCGGGGAGAUUAAUGGUCGGAUUGGUAGUAACGGUAGCUGGAAGUGAUGUAGUUUACCAACAGAGACAGAAAGCAAGUAGUGGACAAGAGAGAGGGGGUGUGAGAGUGCCAGAGCAAUGGCAGGACAAUGUUAUGAGCGAUCAUCAUGUGCAUCCAGCAGAGGAAAACAGAGAGAAUGAUGUUAGUGAUGAUGUUUAUCUUUAGGAUGAUAUAGAAAUUUUGUACACAAGACCAAACAGCAAAGAGAAGAUAAAAUACUGUUGUAGUACACAUGUAAAUAAACUAUAGUAAUGUUACUUAAUGCCACCCUCACAGCUUUGAGAGCUAAAUAAAUAGCUUUUUUGA